AUGGCACCCCGUUUGUUAAACAAGAUAUGCCUCAUCACCGGCACAGGCGGUAGUAUGGGACGUGCAGCAGCCCUCAAGUUUGCCCAGGAAGGCGCUAAAAUAGUCGGCUGUGACAUCAAUGCCGUGGCCGACGCAGCAACCAUCGAAGCCGUACGAGAGCUAGGUGGUGAAAUGAUAUCCAUGUCCUCAUGCGAUCUCACAAAACGUGAAAACUGCGAGCAACUUGUCAACCUAGCCAUCGAAACCUAUGGACGCAUCGAUGUGUUGUACAAUAAUGCGGCGAUGGCCCACCUGAGCUGGAUCGAUGACGGCAAGGAUGAUGACUGGUACAAAACAAUUGACCAGGAGUUAAGCCUCGUCUACCUGUUGACUCGUGUCGCAUGGCCACACCUGAAGGAGUCCGGUGCAUCUAUCAUCAAUGUUGGCUCUGCCAACGGCUGGAUUGCGAUUCGUUCAGUGCCUGGUAUCGCUCAUACAGCCGCGAAAGCUGGUGUUAUUUCCAUGACACGCCAGUUGGCUAUGGAAGGGCGUGCGCACGGUAUCCGGGCCAAUUCGAUCUCACCAGGACUUAUUCAAACUCUGCAAACUGCGCCUUUGCUUGAGGACCCGGAGUGGACCUCAGAUGUGAUGCAGAAGAUCAUGAUUGGCCGUAUCGGUCAGCCAGAGGAGAUUGCGGCCGUGGCUAGCUUUCUUGCUUCAGAUGAGAGCUCCUAUAUCACUGCUGCAGAUAUUCGGGUGGAUGGUGGUAUGACAGCCUGGUAG